ACUAAGUCGGGUAAACUAUUUGCGCAGCACUCACAACGAAAUUUUAAUGUCCUCAAUGUCUUCUUUGCGAUAAUCACUUGCUAAAUAACUGCUUCAAAUUAUUCGCUUCUUUCCCUCUCAUGCUAGAUUCGAUCUAUACUUAUGAUGCCCGGUUUGCGGCUGUUAUCAUCUGAGCCUUGAUGCCAAGCCUCCUGACUCACACCUUAAAGAAAAGUUGGAAGCACAUAUAAACACCAUGGAAACAGUAAAGACCGUCAUUCGAAGAAGCCAUGUAAAAUCGAAGAACGGAUGUCAAACAUGCAAACGAAAGCGUGUUAAAUGCGAUGAGUUUCGGCCAAUAUGUCGCAGAUGUCUAUUUACAGGAUCAGAGUGUGGAUAUUAUAAGUCACCUGUAACACAAGUUACUGAUGCCUUCGACUCCUUGUGGUGGCCUAUACACAUUGAGAAGUCUUGUAUACAAUGGAAGGAAACUGGAAAGCCUCCGUUUCCGACAUUAAAGAUCGCUACGUCUCUGGGUUGGCACAAUAUGCCUCUGGCUGAUCUGCGGUAUCUCUACCAAACAGCUUUAGCGGUUAGUGUGCUUGAUCUUAGCGGCACCAGUGAUAUGUGUCUAUUAUUGGGCGAGUUUCGAACGAUGUUUCAGCUCGCAACUGCAUUCGACUUUGUAGCUCAUAUGCUAGCAGCGGCUUCUGCCGAACGCCUUGCAAUACGAGCCAAAUCACAUGAAGCAUCUGUAGCUGCGUAUCGUUAUCACACUCUUGCUCUGAAGGGACUCAGACAAGCAAUGCAAUCUUUUUCAAGAAGCAAUGCGGAUGCAAUUCUGGCUACGGCACUGGGUUGUUCAUAUCAGAUGCCAGACUGUCGUUCAUUAAUGGCAAUUGUCGACUGCAUUUCCCAGACUGUGUACCAGAUGCGUACUUGGUCCAAAGAAUCCGUUUUUUAUGACUUAUUUGAGUACGAUCUCCGCUAUAACGCUGGAGAGACAGAGAUGACACUGGCGCGUCACCAGCUAGAUCGACCUGAGGAGAAUAAAGACCGCCACGCCUUCGCCAGAGAGCUCUUUGACGACGGCAUUAAUGCAAUUAAUAGACUGACAACGUGUUUCCGGAAUAAUCAAAACAUCGCGGCAGUAACUCGGCAACUCCGAGAUGUUCUUACAGUUGCUCACGAGCGGCAUCAAAUGCACAUCCCGGCUAAGGAACAAUAUCGUUUAAUCUAUCCAUUUACGGCAUGGUUCACGAAAAACUCAGCUGCAUCGUUUAUAGAUCUCAGCAACAGAGACCCGCUCUUAUUUCUCUUUCUGGCACAUAUGUAUGCGGUUGUUAUCACCCUGGCUGUGGCGCUGCCUGAGAUCGACUAUCCUUUUUUUGCCUCCAUGCGAGUAAAAGGUAUCCUUGAGAUUAACAAAAAGAUGGAAAGGGAGUCAUGGUUCACAUGUGUUGCUUGUCAUGCAUUCCACAGUUUUGAUCAAAUGAUGCGUUUCCCGCUCCAAGCUGUAAAGGUCUACCAGUUGGUUGGACCGCACGAGAAAGACAAUGGAUAUACGCAUAAAUGUUUCCUUUCUAGUAUUCGAUAAAUAUAGAUAACUUAGUGCUAGCCAUACAGUAAUUAGUCGGAGUACUAGUCCGU